AUGCUAAAGCAUACCAUAAUAGAGGUGAUUGUUCACAAUUAAUAAAUAGGAAAUAUUUAUAACUUCUUAAAGAUAUAAGAAGAUGCCAAUUAGGGUUACUCAAAAGCAGUUAAAAUUGAGCCAAAAUUGGAGGAGGAGGUAAAUAGGUAGAUUUAAAAAUUAGGAUGCAUUUAUAGAUAUUGGAUUAUCGAUGAUGCUAACUCGUGAUUAGAAAUCAUUAAUACAAAGAAUGUAAUUAUAGAUUAUUAUAUUUUUUAUGAGAAUUCAUAAUGAAUUUCUGAAUUUCAGGUUUCCAAAAAUUUGUAUAUGA